AUGCAAGCAGCACGCAAUGUCUUAGAACCGGUAGUGCGAGUGUACUGUCACAUUAGACAUCAUGCGAUCAUCGAUGUAGGUACAAUAGAGGCUACAAUGUCGCAGUCGGCGCUAGGCCUCGGUGGGGAGCGCCGGUACUCAGUGCCAUCCCACCCGCUAAUGCACGACCAUCGGGGCAUGCAGUCAGAGGAUUUGCACGCGUGGUCCAUUUACAGGCAAAAUCUGAACUCUGAUUUCACUGACAGCGCUCUUGGAAGUACUGAUAAGAGUCCUCUCCCCUAUGGUAACUUCCAGCUUCGAGAUACUACCGUGCAGUCCAUAUUGGCACAUCCUCGAUAUGGACCCAAAUCAGCUCUUGGUUCGAACAUGUACACGUACCUGAAAUUUGGGUUGCCUCGAGUAUUUCCACCGAACCAUAACGGCUCGCAACGCUCCGGGACCCCAAAACCGAAGAUUUCUAUUGGAAGUGGCAUGAAGCCUGCGUCCAGGAUCCAACGACAAAGUCGAGGAUUACGUGAGACGUCAUCAGGCUACGACAGUUCUGACAACGAGACGACCACCAACUACAAAAACAGCCGCAAAUAUCGGUCCGACCCGGACUUCAGAAUGCAGAACUUGCACCCUUCCUACCAGCCGAACACAGGUGUACCCGUAGUGGCGAUGCAGCAAGCAGGCAUCCGGGGUGACGGGCAUUGGACCAAUGCCCGUCACAAGUCGGUCAGUGAGGCGAACCUGUUGGGCAUAGACUCAAAGUCCCAACAUCGCAAUCAUUCGCACUACAAUAGAAGAAACAGUGUCGCUGACUACAUACCCGAUGGUGAUCAUCACAGCUAUUUAAUGUCACCGUCGCAUUUAGGAGGUCGUAUGUCGAAAGCUGGCAGUCACAUGUCCAUAGCACAAUCCAGGAAACACUCCACUCUUCGACCUGGGGACCAUCUGGACGGAUAUACGCAUUCCGCGUAUAUAUAUCCAAACUAUUACGUUAACAGUUUAGAAAUAACGUCACCAGAAAACAAGUCAACUCUCCUCGUUUCUGGUCUGAGCUUCGAAGUGAAAUCAGGAGAGAUCCUCGCGGUGUUAGCAACAUCUCAGCACGAAGCCACUGGACUGCUUGACGUGUUAGCUGGUGUUCGGAAGAAACUAACUGGCGACAUAGUUCUAAAUGGACAGCCAGUAGCUUCUUCGACUUUGAAGAAGGUGGCCGCGUACGUGCGAUCAGACACAUCACUAUGUCCAAACAUGACGGUAAAACACACUCUGAGGUUUCACGCGGCAUUGAGAACACCCAGGCACAAUAAUCAUGUCAAGAUGGAUGAUAGGGAUAGGAUAAACCUCCUAAUAGAAGAAUUAGGUCUCGAACAAGUUCGAGAUACGAAUGUUGGUCGUCUUACCCGCUCCGAGAUCCGCCGUCUCAACGUAGCCUGUCAAUUACUCCUCGAUAUGGCAGUGCUCAUACUGGAUCAGCCAACGAAAGAGAUGGAUAUAUUCGAUACAUUUUUCCUGGUCGAGUAUCUGAGAAACUGGGCCAGUACAGGUCGUGUAGUGAUCAUGUCACUGCAUCCUCCUACUUAUGAAAUCUUCGCUAUGCUUACCAAGGUGGUGUUAAUAUCAGCCGGUAGGACGAUGUUCAGCGGGUACAGAAGGGAUAUGUUGCCAUAUUUUGCCUCGAUCGAUUAUCCCUGUCCGGCUUUCAAGAACCCUUCGGAUUAUUAUUUGGAUUUAGUAACACUAGACGAGCUAUCAGCAGCUGCCAUGCUGGAAUCCUCCGGUCGUAUCGAAGCUUUAGCAGGUGUGUUCGCAAGUGCACAUUCCCCGCCAGAUCCACCGCCACCUGUGCCGCUGCCUGCACCUUCUACUACUCAGAAUAUAUUCGUGCAGGCAAAGGCACUGAUACAGAAAAGUAUAGUAUUCACUCAGAUGACGACGCUUUCCAACGUGGUCAGCAGAGUAUUACUAGCAGCCAUCAUGUCACUUAUUACUGGCACUGUAUUCUGGGACCUGCCAGCAACCGACUCAAGGUUAACUCAAAACGACCGAGUCGGCUUCCAUUACGCAGUAAUGUGCCUGACAAUUUGGCCGAUCCUCUUGUGGUUGAGUGCUCGUGAAGCUAGCUCCAUGCGCCACCACGUCGAAAGGGACAUAUCAGUAGGACUUUACACCAGAAGUGUAUUUAUUCUGUUAGAUCAAUUCAUGGAGUUAUGGUCUGCCGGGGUGACGUGGCUCGCUUACUUGGUACCAAGUUACGCUAUGAGUGGACUCUACGCGCAAUCGCUAAUGUCUUUUGAAGGAUUUUAUUUAUAUUUAGGUUACAUGAUUCUGUAUCUAAUAAGUAUACAAAUGUUAUGUCGAGCGACAAUAUUCAUUGUGCCAAUGGAGAAAACAGCUACAGUUAUCACCGGAUUCUGUCUACUACUCAGUACUCUGGUCAAUGGAGUCUUGUUACACCAGAAAGAUCUGCCAAAUUACGUCACGUGGUUGAAAUACGUGUCGCCAUCUAGGUGGACUGUGCCGGAACUACUCAUGAUGGAGUUGAGUGAAACGGCUCUCAGGAGCAGUAUUAGUAAAGAUAUUAGGUGUCCGAAUAAACAGAGGCCCUACCAGGACAUUAUAGUACAAUCACCUUGCCCCCCACCCAACGGCACUCAAGUACUAUCAAACUAUGACUAUCUACGAUCUGAUAACAUAUGGGAGUGGAACAACGAAACCUUCCUCAUAUCACUAGCUGUAUUUUACGUAAUAUUCGCCUUAAUUGGCUUUAUAGCUUUUGUUGCUGACUGUACUAAGUACACCAAGAGCAAGGAACGGGCUUCAACGAAAGGGCAUAAGAUUAGUGUUAACACUCCCUGA